CUGAAAAGACGUAGAUAUUAUCUAAAGUCACGUUUUUCAUGUCUCUCUGUUCAAAUAAAGAAAGAAAACCCCGAAUCUCAAACUUCCCUCGCAAAAAGCAAUCAAGUUUCAAAAUGAUUGAAACGAAAAUGAACUCCGAGGUUGGAAAUUUUGCUCAGAAUCUUCCAUUACUGGAUAGUUCGCCAGCACUGAACUUUAUUGAUCUCUCCAGCUCCGAUGUUCAAAAUACCGUUGCUCUUGUCCGACAGGCCUGCAUAGAUUCUGGAUUCUUCUAUGUGAUCAACCAUGGAAUCAGUCAAGAGUUGAUGGAUGAGGUAUUUGAUCAAAGCAAGAAGUUCUUUAAUCUGCCACUUAAGGAAAAGAUGAAGGUGUUGAGGAAUGGAAAACACCGUGGCUACACGCCUCUUCUGGAUGAAGUUUUGGAUCCUGUCAACCAAGUACAUGGAGACUAUAAAGAAGGAUACUACAUAGGUGUUGACAUUCCUGAAGACGACCCUGAAGCAGAGAAACCAUUUAACGGGCCAAAUUUGUGGCCUACUGCUGAUAUUCUGCCUGGAUGGAGAGAAACUAUGGAGAGAUACCACCAAGAAGCACUCGAGGUUGCACGAACACUUGCAAGGAUCAUUGCCCUCGCACUAAACUUGGAUAGCAACUUUUUUGAUCCCCCAGAAAUGCUAGGCAAACCUCUCGCAACUUUGCGCUUACUACGUUAUGAAGGUAAAAUCUCCGAUCCUUUGAAUGGACUAUAUGGAGCAGGUCCACAUUGCGAUUACGGUUUAGUUAGCCUCUUAGCCUCAGACGAUGCUGGUCUUCAGAUAUGCAAGGAUAAGCAUGCUACGCCUCAGAUUUGGGAAUAUGUGACACCAGUUAAAGGGGCAUUUGUUGUGAAUCUUGGGGACAUGCUUGAACGAUGGAGUAACUGUGCUUUUAGGUCGACUCUACAUCGUGUUAUAAGCUUAGGUCAAGAAAGAUAUUCGGUUGCAUUCUUUGUGGAGCCUAAUUACGAUUGCAUUGUCGAAUGCCUUCCGACCUGCCACUCAAACGAUAAUCCUCCCAAGUACCCUCCCAUCAUGUGUGGUGAUUACAUGGUGAUGAAGUACAAAGAUACGCAUGCUGAUCUGAGAUCUUACAGUGCCACGGACACAUCUGCCUGAAUUACUUUAUUUAUCUAUUUAUUUAUUUUUGGCAUUUGGGUUGUGAUGAAACCAGCUGUUUACUGAAUAAGUUCCCAAGUUGAAUGUAUAUCUUGUUCUUAAAAGGUAGAUGAAACGAUGGAGGCGGGUUUUUAAUUUUUAUAAGAUGUACUAUAACAAAUGCAAAGCGCCAGUGCGCUAUCAUAAUUUAUGCCCUCAGCUGCUGCAACUCAUUGAGUUUGUCACCUGAGGUUUGCCUAGGUGGCUUAAGUCACUCAUAUGGUUUGCAGAACAUUGCAUGAGGGAUAGUUUCCGAGUUUCCUUCUUACCCCAACCACCACCCCC